AUACAUGUACAGGAGGUUCAAUAAACAUACAGAAAACUUUCAGCAAUCUGUUUCUUUAUGGUAUCAUAGUAAAAGAUCCUUCAGAUCUCUAAUUUUUCUCCUAAUUAUCUAUCUUGUUUUCUGAAAUUCUCUUUCUAUGGUUAACUCUAAUCCAAUCAGUGCAAGAACUGAUGAUGCCUCUUCAGGCAGUCAAUCUGUUCAAACCACAUUCAACAAUGAAUCUGCUAAUCCUUUCUUUCUUCAUCCAUCUGACUCACCCGGCAUGAUUCUUGUCAACUCCAUUUUUGAUGGCAAAAGCUAUGUUGGAUGGCGAAGAGCAUUUUUCAUAGCUCUUUUUGCUAAGAAUAAAUUGGGUUUCAUUGAUGGCUCAAUUCCUGAGCCAUUGGAUUCAGAUCCAUCGCACAAACUAUGGAAUAGGUGUAAUGACAUGGUGAUAUCUUGGCUUCUCAACUCCCUGUCGAAAGACAUCGCAGAGAGUGUCCUGUAUCCCAAAACUGCAAGAAACAUUUGGAAGGAAUGGGAGGACAGAUUUGGUCAAAGCAAUGGAGCUUUUCUGUAUCAACUAGAAAAAGAGCUAAGUGAUUCAGUUCUAGGAAAUUCUAACAUAGAAGGAUACUACACGAAAGUGAAGAGAAUAUGGGAUGAAUUGGACAGCCUAGAUUCCUGCAAUCACUGCUCUUGCGACUGCUCUUGUGGAGGUAAAGCCAAGGCAGUCAAAUCUCAACAAGAUAGUAGACUCAUUCAGUUCCUUAUGGGACUAAACGAGGCAUAUUCAGGUGUGAAGAGUAACAUCCUUAUGCUUUCUCCGCUGCCUAGCAUCAACCAUGCUUAUUCCCUUUUGAUUCAAGAUGAGAAACAAAGGGAGGUACAUGUUGGGCAUCACUCCAUUGAAUCUGCCUUCAUAGCCACGUGGCAACAAGAUGAAAGUCAGAAACCAUUCAAAGCAGAAAGGAGAGGAAAUUUGAAUGGAAAGAGAAACCAACUCAUUUGUUCUCAUUGCAAGAAACUUGGUCAUUCUUUUGACAAGUGUUACAGGAUAAUAGGUUUCCCAGCAGACUUCAAGUUCACAAAAGGAAAGGGAACGCAAACUGGUAAUGCUUAUGGGAAUGCAGAAAUCAUGAAAAACAAUGAAGGAAGUCAAUCUGGUCCCUCUUCGGAGAAAGGCAUCACUCAGGAACAAUACAAUCAUCUUUGCCAACUACCCCAACAAGUCAAAUCUGAGUCACAAGAGGAAAUAAAUUCUGAGGUCACCGUAACUGCCAACUGUGCUGAUACAAUCUGUUAUCAGUACAUAGAUUCUGUCAAAAAGCUGAUUCUAUGCUCAUUUUUUCUGCUUUCGGUGCAAUUUUGCAGCCCCUUCAAUGAAGAGGCCCCUGAUUCUUGGUAGACAAAAGGAAGGGAUUUAUCUUCUACAUGCACUCAAGCCUAGUACUAGUACUUUAAGCAGAAACAAGGACAAUAGUCCAUUUUCUUUCAAAUGUAAUACACCUAGUGAUCAAUCUUUACUUUCUGUUUCAUGUUCAGCAGUCAAUUCAAAUGAUGUACUCAUAUGGCACAAACAAUUAGGGCAUUUGCCUGUUUAUAAUAUGAGAAAU